UCCCGCCCGUCGCGGCCAUGGCUCAAGAAGUGCUGGCUCUGGGCGAGCGGCUGGCGGCCGAGACCACCUGCCCGCUGUGCCUGGAGUUGUUCUCGCAGCCGGUGCUCACGGCGUGCGGGCACAGCUUCUGCCAGCAGUGCGUGUCGGCCGUGCUGGGGGACCCCCGUCGCCCCGCCGCCUGCCCGCUGUGCCGCUCCCCGCUGCAGCCGGGCUCGCUGCGCCCCAGCCGCUCGCUGGGCGCCGUGGCCGAGCUGGCCCGGGCCAUGAGGGUGCAGGCCCGGGCUCGGUGCCCCCAGCACGGCUCGCUGAUGGUGCUGUUCUGCCAGCCCUGCGCCGUCCCGCUCUGCGUGACCUGCUGCUCCGAGCUCCAGCACCGCCCGCACCGCGUCCUCCCCGCCGAAGAGGCCGCGCGGGAGCUGCGGAACACACUCCAGAAGAACCUGCUUUUUCUACAAAAACAGAAGGAAAGAUUGGAGCCCAAAGGAGACCAAAACAGCCGUGAUCUGCUGAUGAAGGUGAUGUCGGAGUUGCAGCGUGUGCCUGAGACCUUUAAGGAGCUGCAGCAGUUCCUGAAGGAGCAGGAGGAGAUGCUGCUGGCCCAGCUCCAGCAGGUGUCCCAGGAGCUUGUUGAGAAGAGGUGUGAAUACAGCUCCAGGGUUCUGGAGAGGGAGUGGCUGCUGGACAUGGUGAUUGCACAGAUCAAGGAGAUGCAGGACAAGCCGGUGGUCGAGUUCCUCAUGGAUGUUGGCAAAAUCCUGAGCAGCUUUAAGGCAGCCAGCACCCCAAUCCCAAAGCCAAUUUCCCCCAAGCUGCAGAGGAGAGUUGAGAGCCUCUCUGAGAUGAGCCAGCUGGUUGUGGACAUGGCAGCCAAAAUCAAAGUGAACCUGCAGAGCGGGGUAGUCUGGGAAAAGGAGGAGGUGAUGCUGGACCCAGAGACAGCGAGUCCUUACCUGAUGCUCUCACGGGACCACAGAACCAUCUGGCGCCAAAAUGGAAAACGAAACCUCCCUGACACCUCCAAGAGGUUCACAGGCAGCUUCAGUGUCCUGGGCUCCCAGGGGUUCACAUCUGGGAGGCAUUACUGGGAGGUGGAGGUCGAGAAAGGGGUCGACUGUGCCAUGGGAGUGGCCCUGGAGUCUGUGCCGAGGAAGGAGUCGCUCCCCGUGGCCAUGGAGAAGAUCUGGGCCCUGCGACUGUCCUGGGACGGCCAGUACAGAACAUUCCACAUGCCCCCUGUCCUGCUGGCAUUCAGGGAAGAGCUCCAGAGAAUCAGAGUCCACCUGGAAUAUGAAGCAGGCAGAGUGACCUUCUACAACGCAGAGAGCAUGAUGCAGAUCUUGCAGUUUGAGGCCACCUUCACUGAGAGAGUCUUCCCGUAUUUUUGGGUCUGGUCAGAUGAAAUGCACAUCCGGCUGUGUGACUGAUAGGGUCAGAUGGUUGCCGGGCCCCUGCCGUGCCCUGGGCUAGCUGAGCAGGGAGGAGCUGUGGGAAUGGCUCAGAUCACCCUGCAGCUCUGGAUCCCCUCUGCGAUUUUCUGCAUCUCCUCUGGCUGAGUCCUUCGGAGCAUUAAAGAAGUGUUGUCCUGCC